UACAAAGCAGAUAUCAUGAAUGUUAAAGGUCCUUUCCUCCUCUGCCUUAUAUCUCUAACCACCCUUCUGGCAGGUGGCUCCGGAAGUGCACCACCAAGCGUGGAGCCAAGUCACUAUGCUGCAACAUUCAAUAGAAGCCUUUUUCCCUCUGGUUUCUUAUUUGGUAUUGGUUGUUCUGCUUAUCAGGCAGAAGGAGCAGCACAUAUAGAUGGCAGGGGACCAAGUAUAUGGGACACCUAUACUAAACAGCAUCAAGAAAAGAUCUGGGAUCACAGCAACGGUGAUGUAUCAGUUGAUUUAUAUCAUCGGUACAAGAGUGACAUAAAGAUUGUGAAAGGAAUUGGGCUGGACUCCUUCAGAUUUUCCCUCUCAUGGUCCAGAAUAUUUCCCAAGGGCAAGGGAGCAGUCAAUGCCUUGGGUGUUAAAUUCUACAACAAUCUCAUUGAUGAUAUCGUAUCUAAUGGAUUAAUUCCUUUUGUGACUCUCUUUCAUUGGGACCUCCCACAAGCUCUUGAAGAUGAAUAUGAGGGAUUUCGUAGUCCAGAAGUAGUGGAGGAUUUUCGAAACUACGCUGAUUUUUGUUUCAAGACAUUUGGCGACCGGGUAAAAGAUUGGGUCACUCUGAAUGAGCCCUUAUCAUUCAGUAUGAAUGGGUACAAUGGUGGCACCUUUGCACCAGGUAGAUGUUCUAAAUACGUUGCAAAUUGCACUGCGGGUGACUCAUCCACCGAGCCUUACAUCGUUGCCCACAACUUACUACUUGCUCAUGCGGCGGCUGCUAGAUUGUACAAGAGAAAAUAUCAGGCUCAUCAAAAAGGACAAAUUGGAAUCACCUUACCCACUCACUAUUUUGAACCAAAAUCUAAUAGUAUCGCGGAUCGCAAGGCUGCAAGUCGAGCUCUGGACUUCUUUUUUGGAUGGUUUGCUCAUCCGAUUACAUAUGGCGACUAUCCUCAGAGUAUGAGAUCUUCAGUGGGUUAUAGACUACCCAAAUUCACAGAAGCUCAAUCCGAAAGUAUCAAAGGUUCCAUUGAUUUUCUUGGGGUGAAUUAUUACACCACAUAUUAUGCAGAAAAUGCUGCACCGGCCAACUCCAACAGGACCUUCUACACAGACAUGCUAGUCACUCUCAGUACGGAAAAGAAUGGUCUAGCUGUUGGGACUCCGACUGCUUUGGAUUGGCUCUUUAUCCAUCCGAAGGGAAUUCAUCAGCUUAUGACAUACAUAAAGGAUAAUUAUAAGAAUCCACCAAUUUUCAUUACUGAAAAUGGGGUGGCUGAAGCAAGGAAUGACUCAAUACCAGUCAAUGAAGCCCGCAAGGAUGGUAUCAGGAUUAGAUACCAUGAUGGCCAUCUUAAAUUCCUUCUUCAAGCGAUCAAAGAUGGUGUUAACGUGAAGGGGUACUAUGCAUGGUCGUUUUCAGACAGCUUUGAAUGGGAUGCUGGUUACACAGUUCGUUUUGGCCUCAUAUACGUGGAUUACAAGGAUAAUUUGAAAAGAUAUCCCAAGUACUCUGCUUUUUGGCUGCAAAAGUUCCUUCUCAAGUGAACUAAAUUAAUUGUUGCUUUGCCAUGCCUUGGAUUUUUCUUUCUUGUGAGUUCCCUUUAGAUAUCACCAUGUAUCCACUUGCUUUGGAUGUAACGAAGUAACGGUUGAUAUCAAAUAAAUAAUGCCCAACGGUAUGCGAAGU